AUGGCUGGUAACGAUGUCGUCGGUGAAGAUUCUUUCAUGUUUUGAUAAAUUGUUUGUCUUUUAUCUGCAAACGGGAGUAUUAGUGUUAUAUUCAAACGAAUUUUUAUAAUUUUGACGUGUGUGAACAUUUUAGAAAUGACGUAGACUUACAACCUUCCGGUCUUUUCUGUAUAAAAUACGUUUGAAGAGGGAGUUAUUUGGAAUAUUUUCAGAGGAAAUGAUUCCCCACGCGGUCAAUUUCUUUCUUAUGGGUGUUGUUGGCCUAGGUAUGUUUUCUAUCCAAAAUCUGUAUAGUGUUUAGCGGUUGCCGAUAAGAAGGAGGAAGCAGAGAAGCAUUUGGAACAAGGAAAAAUACUUUUGGCAUCUGGACAGUUCAAUGAGGCCUUGCAGCAAUAUCAUUCUGCUGUUGACUUGGAUCCAACAAACUAUCAGGCGUACUUUAGAAGGGCAACAGUGAUGUUAGCAACCGGGAAAAUAAAAGGCGCUUUACCUGAUUUGGAUAAAGUUGUAGAGUUGAAGCCGGAUUUCAUCGCUGGUAGGGUUCAACGAGGGAAUCUUCUCCUAAAGCAAGGAAAACUGACAGAUGCCGCAGAAGAUUUUCAAAUUGCCGUAAGUUGGAUCUGUAUAUUUGGUAUUAUUUUAGAUCCAAAAUGAGCCCAGCAAUGACGAAGCAAGAGGGAAGUUGGAUAAGGUGCUGGAGUUGCAUGAAACCUACGAACAGAUCGACGACUACCUAGCCAAUGAUGACUAUGAAGCUGCAGAAAGGUUGUUGGAUCAAGCCAUGGAAUAUUGUAUGUGGGAUCCAAGCCUGCACAGAAAGAGAGCCAAAUGUCGAAUGAUGAGAGGGGAUAUCCAAAAUGCCAUUUCCGAUAUUAAAGCGAUUGCCAAACUCAUUCCGGAUUCAACCGAAGUUUAUCUGGAGACAUCUCAGCUCUAUUAUGAUGUUGGGGAUGUUGAAAACUCCCUGUCGUAUGUGUUUUAUCCUUUAUUCAAUUUCAAAAUAACUUUUAUAUAUUACCUGAUUUAUUUUAGCCAAGUUCGAGAAUGUUUGAAGCUGAAUCCCGAUCACAAAAGGUGUUUCCCCUUUUACAAGAAGGUCAAGAAGCUCGGAAAAAUGCGAGAACAAUUGGAGAAGUCCGCCAAAGAACAGAAAUGGAUGGAUUGUCUGUCCAAGGGGCAAGAGAUCAUCAAAUACGAAAGCAAUGUUGAGAACAUUCAAUGGGAUGUGUAUCGAGUAACUUGCAAAUGCAACAGAGAAGCCGGGCAUAUUGCCGAGGCUAUUCAAGAAUGCACAGAAGUUUUAAAAUACGGAAACCCCGACGACUUAGAGAUCCUGCUGGAACGGGGCGAAGCCUAUCUUCUUGCUGAGGAGUGGGAUAAAGGCAAGUUCAUUUAUCCAAAACUUAUAUGUGGUCUUACAAUUUUAGCGAUCGAGGACUUCCAACAAGCUGUCAACUCACAUUCGGAUUCACGCAAAGCAAAAGAAUCGUUAAACAGAGCCCAGAAGAUGAAGACUCAAGCCGGAAAGAAGGAUUAUUACAAAAUAUUGGGUGUAAAGAGAAAUGCCAGUAAACGUGAGAUCGAAAAGGCCUACAGGAAACUGGCUCACAAAUGGCAUCCAGGUAGAUUUGAUAAGCUGUUUUCAUUACUGGUUUUCGUUUUUAGACAACUUUCAAGAUGAAAAAGAAAAAAGUAAAGCACAAGAGAAAUUCAUCAACAUCGCGGAGGCCAAGGACGUUCUCACAGACCCCGAAAAGAGGCAACGAUUCGACCAAGGAGAAGAUCCCAACGAUCCUAACGCCGGUAAUGCUCAUCAUCAUCCCUUCCACGGUUUUCAAGGAUUCCCCGGUGGCUUCGGCGGGGGUUUCGGUGGUGGUCAACAGUACUCAUUCAAAUUCACGAACUUCUAG